GGUCCCAACUGGGCCUGUCGGGCGCAUGCGCCAUUGCAGGCUGGCGGCUCGCGGCACCUUCUUCCGGCCUCCCCCUUGGGCCGGCGCCUGCAGGAGCGGGGCGAGUGUGGAUCCCGAAGCGAGUGACCUGUGACCCCGGAAGUGGACCUCAGGGUCCCGGGGCUCUCCCGGACCGGAGCCGGGGAGCCGUCGUCUGCAUCCCCGGAGCACCCAUCCCACGCCCACCUCUGGAUGCCGCCGACGGGUGCCCGGCCCGUGCCCCGCGCCCGCUCGCCGGUUCGGCCCCUCGGAGCAGUUCUGGGUCGGGGGUGGGGGCCCAGACCCCGCCCCUGAUGCGGCUCCACCGCCGCGCCCUGGUCUGGCUCCGCUGACUGCCCCGGCCGGCCCCGCCCCCUGCCCGCAACCUCGCCCCGCGGACCCCUCUUCCCUGCCGGGGGAGGCCAUGGCGUGAGCGCGGCCAGCCCCGGGGCCUUCGGGCACCAGGCGGGGCAUGGGCCGGGGGCCGCCCCCAUGAGGGUCCCGGGAGGGGGGCGCGCGCAGCAGUGGCGGGGCCAUGGGGUCGCAGGUGUUACAGAUCCUGCGCCAGGGGGUGUGGGCCUCGCUCACCGGCGGUUGGUUCUUCGACCCGCACCAGAGCACCUUCUCCAACUGCUUCCACCUCUACGUCUGGAUCUUCCUGCUUACCUUCCCCUUCCUGCUGUACAUGGUCCUGCCCCCCAGCUUGAUGGUGGCUGGUGUGUACUGCCUUGUGGUGGCCGUCAUCUUCACUACCAUCAAGACUGUGAACUACCGGCUGCAUGCCAUGUUCGACCAGGGCGAGAUUGUGGAGAAGCGCAACUCUACCAUGGGGGAGCCGGAGGAGGAGCCUGCCCAGGGGGACAGCAAUCUGCUCAGGGACCCUGGAGUGGAGAUGACAGUGUUUCGGAAAGUGAGUUCCACCCCCCCAGUUCGUUGUAGCUCCCAGCAUUCCGUGUUUGGCUUCAACCAGGUCUCGGAGUUGCUUCCCCGGAUGGAGGACUCUGGGCCCCUCAGAGACAUCAAGGAGCUGGUGCGGGAGCAGGGCAGCAACAACGUGAUCGUGACCUCAGCCGAUCGAGAGAUGCUAAAGUUAAGCUCACAGGAGAAACUGAUUGGAGACCUUCCCCAGACGCCCCUGGGGGCUGCCCCAGACCCCUCUCUCCCCAGCACGGACUCUUCGGAACGCUCUCCCCUGGCUGGAGAUGGAGUCCCCUGGAGUGGGAGCAGUGUUGCUGACACUCCUAUGAGUCCCCUACUGAAGGGGAGCCUCAGCCAGGAGCUGAGCAAGAGCUUCCUGACCCUGUCUCGGCCUGACCGGGCCCUGGUGAGGACCAGCAGUCGACGGGAACAACGCCGGGGAGUGGGUGGCUACCAGCCCCUGGACCGGCGGGGCUCAGGGGAGCCCCUGCCCCAGAAAGCUGGCUCCUCAGAUUCCUGCUUUAGUGGCACCGACAGGGAGACAUUGAGCAGCUUCAAGAGUGAGAAGACCAACUCAACCCACCUGGACAGCCCCCCUGGUGGGCAAGCCCCUGAGGGCAGCGACACAGACCCACCCUCUGAAGCGGAGCUGCCAGCCUCACCAGAUGCUGGAGUCCCCUCAGAUGACACACUGCGUUCUUUUGACACAGUCAUCGGAGCAGGGACACCACCAGGCCCAGCUGAGCCGCUCCUGGUUGUGCGGCCCAAGGACUUGGCCCUGCUUCGGCCUAGCAAACGGCGGCCGCCCGUGCGAAGACACUCCCCACCUGGCCAUGCCCCUCGGAGGCCCCUGCUGGAAGGUGGGGGCUUCUUUGAAGAUGAAGACACCAGCGAGGGCAGUGAGCUGAGCCCGGCCUCCAGUCUCAGAUCUCAGCGCCGCUAUAGUACCGACAGCUCCUCUUCGUCCUGCUAUUCCCCAGAGAGCUCCCGGGGCGCGGCCGGGGGUCCUCGGAAGCGACGGGCCCCUCAUGGGGCUGAGGAAGGGACUGCUGUGCCCCCUAAGCGUCCCUAUGGGACCCAGCGGACGCCUAGUACUGCCAGCGCCAAAACACAUGCCCGUGUGCUGAGUAUGGAUGGGGCGGGGGGUGAUGUCUUGAGGGCCCCCCUGGCUGGCUCCAAGGCUGAGCUGGAGGCCCAGGCAGGGGUGGAGCUGGCUGCUGGGGAGCCCACUGUGCUGUCUGCUGAGGCCCACCGGGGACCUGCUGCCAACCAACCUGGUUGGCGGGGGGAGCUGCAGGAGGAAGGUGCUGUGGGCGGAGCAGCUGAGGAGACGGGAAAGCGGGACCACUCGAGCAACGUGAGGCGGACCCAGGCGAUCCGGAGGCGCCACAACGCAGGCAGUAACCCCACUCCUCCAGCAUCUGUCAUGGGCUCGCCCCCCAGCAGCCUGCACGAGGCUCAGCGGGGCCGGGCUUCCUCCCACUCCCGGGCCCUGACUCUGCCCUCUGCCCUGCACUUCGCUUCCUCGUUGCUGCUCACUCGGGCUGGCGCCAACGUGCACGAGGCCUGCACCUUUGAUGACACCUCGGAGGGGGCUGUGCACUACUUUUACGAUGAGAGCGGCGUGCGGCGUUCCUACACCUUCGGGCUGGCUGGAGGCGGCUACGAGAACCCCGUAGGGCAGCAGGGGGAGCAGGCAGCCAAUGGGACCUGGGACCGCCACUCACAUUCCUCCAGCUUCCACUCGGCUGAUGUCCCUGAGGUGGCUGGUGGCCUGAACCUGCUGCAGCCGAGGCCCGUGGUUCUGCAGGGCAUGCAGGUGCGCCGAGUGCCCCUGGAGAUCCCGGAGGAGCAGACACUGAUGGAGGAGGCACCGCCCCGAGCCCAGCACAGCUAUAAGUACUGGCUUUUUCCUGGCCACUGGACGUCUGUGCGCUACGAGCGUCUCGCCCUGCUGGCCCUGCUGGACCGGACUCGGGGGCUGCUGGAGAACAUCCUUGGCGUCGGCCUGAGCAGCCUGGUCGCCUUCCUAGGCUACCUGUUGCUGCUCAAGGGCUUCUUCACCGACAUCUGGGUCUUCCAGUUCUGCCUGGUCAUCGCCUCCUGCCAGUAUUCCCUGCUGAAGAGUGUCCAGCCUGAUGCGGCAUCUCCCAUGCACGGCCACAACUGGGUGAUCGCGUACAGCCGGCCUGUCUACUUCUGCAUCUGCUGUCUGCUCAUCUGGCUGCUGGAUGCCCUAGGCUCGGCUCAGCCCUUCCCACCCGUCUCCCUCUACGGCCUCACGCUCUUCUCCGCCUCCUUUUUCUUCUGUGCCCGUGACGUGGCCACUGUGUUUACCUUGUGCUUCCCAUUCGUCUUUCUCCUGGGCCUCCUGCCCCAAGUCAACACCUGCCUCAUGUACCUGCUGGAACAGAUAGACAUGCACGGCUUUGGGGGCACAGCCGCCACCAGCCCCCUCACUGCGGUCUUCAGCCUCUCCCGCAGCCUGCUGGCGGCUGCCCUGCUCUACGGCUUCUGCCUCGGGGCCAUCAAGACUCCUUGGCCAGAGCAGCACGUCCCAGUCCUCUUCUCGGUCUUCUGUGGCCUCCUGGUGGCACUGUCCUACCACCUGAGCCGACAGAGCAGUGACCCCACCGUGCUCUGGUCUCUGAUCCGAAGCAAGCUCUUCCCUGAGCUGGAGGAGCGGAGCUUGGAGACAGCCCGGGCCGAGCCCCCAGACCCACUGCCAGACAAGAUGCGCCAGUCCGUGCGCGAGGUCCUGCACUCUGACCUGGUGAUGUGUGUGGUGAUCGCCGUGCUCACCUUUGCCAUCAGCGCCAGCACCGUCUUCAUUGCCCUGAAGUCAGUGCUGGGGUUCGUGUUGUAUGCACUGGCUGGGGCCGUGGGCUUCUUCACACAUUACCUGCUGCCACAACUCCGCAAACAGCUGCCCUGGUUCUGCCUGUCGCAGCCUGUGCUGAAGCCGCUGGAGUACAGCCAGUACGAAGUGCGCGGUGCUGCCCAGGUGAUGUGGUUUGAGAAGCUGUACGCCGGUCUGCAGUGUGUGGAGAAGUACCUCAUCUACCCCGCCGUGGUGCUCAACGCCCUCACGGUGGAUGCCCACACUGUGGUCAGCCACCCGGACAAGUUCUGCCUCUACUGCCGGGCGCUGCUGAUGACCGUGGCUGGGCUGAAGUUGCUGCGCUCUGCCUUCUGCUGUCCACCCCAGCAGUACCUGACCCUGGCCUUCACAGUCCUGCUCUUCCACUUUGACUACCCGCGCCUCUCCCAGGGCUUUCUGCUCGACUACUUCCUCAUGUCCCUGCUCUGCAGCAAGGUGAGCCGCUGUGGGGACCUGCUGUACAAGCUGCGCUUCGUGCUGACCUACAUCGCGCCCUGGCAGAUCACCUGGGGCUCGGCUUUCCACGCUUUUGCCCAGCCCUUCGCCGUGCCACGUACCCGGCCUACCGCCCGCUGCCUGGGUGGGGAGUGUGCAGAGAGGACCCAUGGCUUAGGAUGGGGGUUGCACAGGAUGGAUUGGCAGGGGGUUGAAGGGGUGGUGAGGGGUGCGGGGGAGGCGCGCCGUGAGUCUCCAAGGGAAGACAGAGUCUCAGGGAGACAGCACGUGCGGGAGGACCUGGAGGAGGGGCUGAGGCAGGGAAGGUUUCCGGGUCGGGAGGAGCCAGCUGGGGCCUGCAGCGGGCCGAGUCCCGGCAUAGUGGGCUUCAGGUGGUUGUCUGAUGAGGGCAAAACCCAGGCCAUGCCAAGGCCUCGGGCUCACCUGGGCUUCUUGGCUGUGUGGUCCUGGGUGAGUCCCCUCCUGCUCCUGAAUCUCAGCCUCCUCCUAAGUAACGGUGCUGUCAUGGCAUCCGCCCAGGCAGGGGGUGUGGGCUCAGCGGGACGUGAGGGUGGGCCGAGGGGGAUCGCCAUCCGAGCCGCUUGCUCUGCGCCCACUGUGCUGUCGCUCUCUCUGAACAGCACUAAACGUGUGGAUCAUUCCAACACCCGCCUGGUCACACAGCUGGACCGGAACCCCGGCGCUGAUGACAACAACCUCAACUCCAUCUUCUAUGAGCACUUGACACGCUCGCUGCAGCACACGCUGUGUGGGGACCUGGUGCUGGGCCGCUGGGGCAACUACGGCCCCGGCGACUGCUUCGUCCUGGCCUCCGACUACCUCAAUGCCCUGGUGCACCUCAUCGAGGUUGGCAAUGGCCUCGUCACCUUCCAGCUGCGUGGCCUUGAGUUCCGGGGUACAUACUGCCAGCAGCGUGAGGUGGAGGCCAUCACAGAGGGAGUGGAGGAGGACGAGGGCUGCUGCUGCUGUGAGCCUGGCCACCUGCCACGGGUCCUGUCCUUCAAUGCUGCCUUCGGGCAGCGCUGGCUGGCCUGGGAGGUGACGGCCAGCAAGUACGUGCUGGAGGGCUACAGCAUCAGCGACAACAACGCAGCCUCCAUGCUGCAGGUCUUCGACCUCCGCAAGAUCCUCAUCACCUACUAUGUCAAGAGCAUCAUCUACUAUGUGAGCCGCUCGCCAAAGCUGGAGGCGUGGCUGGGCCAUGAGGGCAUCUCGGCAGCCCUGCGGCCUGUGCGGGCGCCCGGCUAUGCUGACUCGGACCCCACCUUCUCCCUGAGCGUGGAUGAGGACUAUGACCUGCGCCUCUCCGGCCUCUCGCUGCCCUCCUUCUGCGCCGUGCACCUUGAGUGGAUCCAGUAUUGCGCCUCCCGGCGCAGCCAGCCCGUGGAUCAGGAUUGGAACUCACCGCUGGUCACUCUGUGUUUUGGCCUCUGUGUGCUGGGCCGCCGGGCCCUGGGGACAGCCUCUCAUAGCAUGUCUGCCAGCCUGGAGCCCUUCCUCUACGGCCUGCACGCCCUGUUCAAGGGGGACUUCCGCAUCACCUCCCCGAGAGACGAGUGGGUCUUUGCCGACAUGGACCUGCUUCACCGCGUGGUGGCACCCGGGGUUCGCAUGGCCCUCAAGCUUCACCAGGACCACUUCACGUCCCCAGAUGAGUAUGAGGAGCCAGCCGCCCUGUAUGAUGCCAUCGCAGCCAAUGAGGAGCGGCUGGUCAUCUCACAUGAGGGCGACCCGGCCUGGCGCAGCGCCAUCCUCAGCAACACGCCCUCGCUGCUGGCGCUGCGCCACGCUGACGACGCCUCUGACGAGUACAAGAUCAUCAUGCUCAACCGGCGCCACCUCAGCUUCCGAGUCAUCAAGGUGAACCGAGAGUGUGUGCGCGGCCUGUGGGCUGGGCAGCAGCAGGAGCUGGUGUUCCUGCGCAACCGCAACCCGGAGCGUGGCAGUAUCCAGAACGCCAAGCAGGCGCUCCGCAACAUGAUCAAUUCCUCCUGCGACCAACCACUCGGCUACCCCAUCUAUGUGUCGCCCCUCACCACCUCGCUGGCUGGCAGCCACCCCCAGCUGCGGGCGCUGUGGGGUGGCCCCAUCAGCCUGGGCGCCAUUGCCCGCUGGCUUCUGCACAGCUGGGAGAGGCUGCAUAAGGGCUGUGGUGCCGGCUGCAAUAGUGGCGGAAACGUAGACGACUCAGACUGUGGUGGAGGCGGUGGCUUGACCUCCCUCAGCAAUAACCCCCCCUUGGCACACCCCACACCUGAGAACACAGCAGGCAGUGGCGACCAACUCCUCCCACCAGGUGCUGGCUGGGGCCCGAGGCCCUCCCUUAGCAGUUCUGGUGAUGGCCGCCCCCCUUCUCUGCUGCAUUGGCCACCCCCUCGGCUCCCUGGACAGCCCCCCGCUUCACCUGCCCCCACUGAGGGUCCCCGGCCCUCAAGGCCCCCUGGCCCUGGUCUCUAUUCUGAAGGUCCCAGUGGGAAGUGGAGCUUGGGGGGUCGAAAGGGGCUAGGGGGAUCCGAGGGGGAGCCAGCCUCAGGGAGCCCCAAAGAAGGCACCCCCAAAUCUCAGGCGCCCCUAGACCUCAGCUUCAGCCUGGAUAUCAGCACCGAUGCCUCACCCCCCAGAGCAUCCCAGGACAUUCCUUGCUUGGACAGCAGUGCUCCAGAGAGUGGCACACCCACGGGGGCCCCGGGUGACUGGCCUGCCCCCUCUGAGGAGCGUGAGAGCCCAGCUGCCCAGCCCCUGCUGGACCAUCAAUACUGAAUGCCCCACUCUUCUCUGGAUCCCAGCCCAGGAUUCAGUAACUUGGACCAUGGCCUCUGGCCCUCUCUGCUGGACCACAGGACUGAAUGGUUUUGGCUUCCGUCCACAUCUGAACCCUGACCUCUGGUUGCCUUAGCCAGAGCACCAGAACUAAGUGGCCCAGAACUCUUACCUUGACCCCUGAUCUCUCAUCCCUAGUCCAGGGCCUGGACUCCCCGAACUGAGGCAGGCAGCCUCCCAGCCAGGCCCCAAGAGCCAAACCCAUGGGCUGGUCCCGCUUCACGCCUGUGGCCAGGACUGUCGGCCUCUGGGCCUGCACUGCCUGCAGGGGCAGCCCCAUGGCCCGGACCUGGGGCUGAAAUGUGGGAAGGGUGGUUUCUUUUUCUUUUUUUCUUUUUUUUUUUCUUCCGUGCUUCGGAGACACCAGAAUUAAUAACACUAUUUUUGAUUUUG